AUCAUGCUGGGGAUUCUCUGCCUCCUCAUCGCCUCGCUCUCUCGUGGCGACGCGGCCAAGGUGCUGACCCUGACGCCGGGGGUUCUGACCGUUCCUGUAGGACGAGAGGUUGUUCUCAAUUGCAACAUUCAGAGGGAUGAUGGCACUAUUGUCAGCUUUUAUAGACAGUUUCCUGGAGAUGCUCCUCAGUUAAUUCUGUAUCAUCACCGUGCAUGGUCCUCACCUAGCUUUGGAUCAGGAUUCUCCUCUAGCCAGUUCAAUGCCAAAAAGUCCUCCAAUGUGGAUUUCCAAUUCAUCAUUAAACAGGCAAAGGCAGAAGAUUCUGCUAAGUAUUAUUGUAGCAACUGGGAUAGCUCUGUUCGUGAAGCAGUAUCACACGGAGGAACAAAGCUGCUUGUGACAAGCUCAGACGUGACUCCCCCCGUGGUGACUGUCUUCCCCCCGUCCAAUGACGAGCUCCAGUCCAAAGAGGCCACGCUAGUCUGCGUGGCCACUCAGUCCAUCCCGAACGCUGACGUCGCUUGGCUGGCUCGGGGCCGUCCGGCGCCGGGCGCCGUCGCCACCGGUCCUGCCACGCGAGAAACGAACGGCAACUACAAAAUCAGCAGCUAUCUCACCGUGCAGACGUCCGAAUGGAACUCGGACAUCCCUUACACUUGUAAGGUGUCUUUGGGCUCCCAGUCAGCUGAACAGACCAUCAGCAAGUCCAAGUGUGCAACUUAG